AUGGCGUCUCGCGACCUGCUGACGCAACUCCGCUGGGACCACGACGCUCAAGUGGACGUCGCCACCAGCAGCAGCUCACAGCUCCUGGACGUUGCCUACAGGGUGGACAGCAAACUCUAUGGACGAGCCCGCUGGCGGACCGUCUGCGCUGCCACCGCAGAGACACGGUGCGAUGUCUCCUCAGCGCUGCGACAUCCCGGCGACCGCUAUCAACUUCGCGUCAGAUCCACCGUCUCAUCACCACCACCAUCACCACCAUCAUCCUCACCCUGGGUCGUGGUUGAGGUCUUACCCUUGAAGACAACCGUGCUGAGUGCUCCCACUGUCACCUUGGUGCUGCACAAGAAAUCGACGGAGGAGGAGGAGGACGGUGACGAUGACGAUGAUGAGGAGGAGGAGUGCCGUCAUGAGGAUGAGGGCUACGAAGACGAUGACGACCACAAAGAUGACUACGACGAUGACGACGAUGACGACGACGACGAUGAUGAUGACGGUGACGUCGCUGAUGGUGUGGACCGUGUCAACAACCACCACAGCGAUGACGAUGAUGAUGAUGACGGUGACGUCGCUGAUGAUGACGGUGACGAUGAUGACGGUGACGACGACGAUGAUGACGGUGACGAUGAUGAUGAUGUGGACCGUGUCAACAACCACCACAGCGAUGACGACGAUGACCACGACGAUGACGACGAUGAUGACGAUGAUGACGACGGCGAUGAUGAUGAUGAGGAGGAGGAGGCGGAGUGGUGGGAGCUCUCCGUGGGGAUCUCCAUGAGGAGUGCAUGGAGGAGGAGAAUGGCGCUUCGCGACGUGGUGCACCACCAGGAAGCAGAGAUCUCCACGAGGGGGGGUGGCACUACCAGCACGAUGAGGGAUCACUUUGUGGGAUGUCGCUACCACCACGCCGUGCCCCCGUCUGGAAGCGAGGUUGAAUACUGCGUCCGCGUGAGAAUCGUGGCUGACUACCCCCGGUGGAAGACAGGGGAGUGGUCUCCACUGUCCUGUGUCUCCGUCCCUCCACCACACAGCACCGUGGGUGAGUGGGUGUGUGUGUGAGUGAGUGGGGGAGUGAGUGGGUGAGUGGUUGAUUGGGUGGGUGAG